UCAAAUGGCUCCUUUGCGUCGCAUAGAAAAACCGAAAAGCCACAAGGGACGAAAGUUCCUACUGAAUCGUGAACCGAAAAUAGUUGAAAACGAGAAGUUUUCUUUGUUCUUCCGGUGUGCGUCUACGUGUACAAAAAGCUCCGAGCUGUUAGCGGAUUUGCACCACCUGAAAAAACCGCAUGCAGUAUUUUACGGUAAAAUGAAGCAGGAAUUGUUGCCUUUUGAAGACCCAACUCCAGUUGAAAAGUUUUGUCGCAAAAAUGACGCAUCUUUAUUUUCACUUUCCAGGCAUUCGAAAAAGAAACCAAACGCGUUGAUUUGUGGUCGACUUUACAACGGGAAUAUUUUGGAUAUGUUUGAGUUUUUAGUUGAAGACCUCAAACCAGUUUCAAAUUUUCUCGGAAAUUUACCCGAGGGAAGAGGAAACAAACCGCUGCUUGUUUUCGCCGGAGAUGAUUUCGAAAAAUCAAAGCUGACUUCUCGAAUCAGAAGUUUUUUCGUCGAUUAUUUCCGAGGAAUUGUAACUGAUAAGUUUUCAUUGCAGGGAGUGAAAAGUGUAAUUUCUUUCUUCUUAAUUGGUGAUUCGAUUCAAAUGAUGCCAUAUGCAAUCAAGUUGGCGAAAAGCGGCGUAGCAAAAGACAGCGCACCACGCGUAGAUUUGGUCGAAAUAGGACCUCAAGUGACCUUGAAAGUUGCAAGGUCACAACUUGCUACAGAUGACCUCUAUCAAGAGAGUCUGAGGAAGCCUAAAGAGUUGAUGCCCUCGAAACGCAAGAAUAUAUCGAUGGACGAGUUCAACUCUCAGAUGGGCAGGGUUCACAUGGAGAAACAAGAUUUCAGUCAACUGCAGUUGAGAAAGGUGAAGAGGUAUAGACAUCUGGAAGAGUCAAAUGCCGGGUUGCCAGCUGAAAUCAGAGAAAAACUGGAUAUGAAAACUGAAAAUAUUGACCAUGAGUAAAAUUGUAUAAUCUGUCGCCGAAAAAAUUGUCAAAUGGAAUUGAGUGUCGUUUUUAA